AGCGUGCUAGCGAAAGCAUCCAUCAACUGAAAUAUGCCUUGGAGGAAAGACAGUUUGCAAAGGGUGAGGGUGAAGUUGGAUUUGACCAGUCCUCUGUGGACAGGGGAAAUGGUGACAGUGGGAAUGCAGCCUGGCAGGAACUGCAGCACAGUCAUGCAGUUAAUCAACUUAAAAUUUUGUUGCAACAUCAAGAAAGAAUGGAAAGUGAAGUCUCUCUGUCAAGGAAGAAGAUGUCGUUCUGUAAACCACCAGAAGCUGCAACUGGAGACUUACCAGCCGUUUCUGAUCUCGUUCCUAUAAUCAAUGAUCAGUCACAGUACAUUAACCAUUUAGAAGCAGAAGUGAAGUUUUGCAAGGAGGAAUUGUCUGGGAUGAAAGAUCGAGUACAAGUAGUUGUACUUGAAAAUGAGGAACUCCAUCAGAAACUGAAAUUUUUAACUGCGGAACAUUUGUUGAGAGAACAAACUCUUCUAGAUGCCUCAGCAAAUACUCAGAACUCCUGGCCUGUAGGUGUUAAUGACUGUAGCAUGCAUCAGCCUGUCACCCCAUCACCAGCACAUAACAAAGAGCAGGCUUUUGUUACAGCAGCUGUUGGAGAAAUCGAAAAAUGGCAUGCAGAACUGGAGAAACUAAAACUUCUUUAUCAGGAAAAAGUCAAUAUCCUUGAUGCUCAAGUACAGUCUUUAAGAAAAGACCUUUCAGAAUCUCAGAAGACAUGCAAAGAUUUGGAAGGAAGGCUAAAACACCAGAAGUCACUUGUUUCAGCCACAAAUUCUAGUCGGGUUGGUGGUCUGUGUCUGAAAUGCGCACAACAUGAGGCAGUUCUUGCACAGACUCAUUCUAACGUUCACAUGCAGACCAUCGAGAGAGUAACAAAAGAAAGAGAUGACUUGAUGGAUGCACUUGUUUCGCUGAGACGAAACAUGAAAGAAAUGCAACAAAGGGAAUCUAAUGCUUGUGAGCAAGUUAAACAAGCUGUGCAAAUGGCAGAAGAGGCCAAUUUAGAAAAAACAAAGGCUCUAGUCCAGUGUGAGCAGCUGAAAAGUGAGAUGGAACGGCAGAAGAAUCGUCUUGAAAGGGAGUUAGCUGCCCAGCUAAAUAAAAGGACUGAUGAAAAAGAAGCGCUGCGGGAAGAAAUGAAGAAGGAAAGAGAGGACUUGGCAGCAAUG